UGUGGCACGCUAAGAUCAAACCGAAGAGGACUUCCCAAGCAAUUUAUGUCUAAAAAAUUGAAAAAAGGCGAAGUUGAAGGGAUAAUGCUGCCUAGUGGUGUGAAAGUUAUUAAAUGGCACGAUAAGCGCCAAGUUUCAAUGAUAACUUCCUGUAAAGCACAUAAAGCGUCUCUAGUAGAUACAGGUAAGAUACAUAAGAGAACUAAUGAAAUGAUCAGAAAGCCACUGUGCAUUUUAACAUAUAAUGAUAAUAAAAAAGGGAUAGACUACUCAGAUCAAAUGUCGGUAUACUAUACUACUUUACGACGAGGUCUAAAGUGGUAUCGGAAAGUGAUGAUGGAAUUAUUAUUUGGUACUGCACUCAUAAACGCAUGGAUAAUAUACAAUGCAAAUACAGACAAGAAAAUGUCAAAAAAAGAAUUCACAGAAUCAAUAAUCGAAACAUACGGAGGCCGAAAAUUUUCUGGAACAGAAUUACCCGAAGGAAGAUGUACUGACCAUGUUUUCCAACGUGGCGACAAAAAAAGACGUUGUGUGGGUUGUUAUGAAAAAUUACGACGCACAUUAAACAGCACUGACGCUUCAAAAAAAACUAAAAGAAUUGUUACCAUUUGCGCGCAAUGCAAGCAAUCAAUGUGCCUACCAUGUUUUAAUGAAAAACAC